CUCGGCCGUGUGCUGGCGCGCGCAGGGCGAGCUCGGGGCGAGUGGCGCAGGCGUCUUUAGCCUCCCCGCGGCCAUGGAGCGGCUGAGGUUGCCUCCCGGCGGCGCCGCGGCAGUGGACGAGUACCUGGAGUACCGCAGAAUUGUUGGUGAGGCCGAUGGAGGGAAACUUUUUACUCCUGAAGAAUAUGAAGAAUACAAAAAGAAAGUUUUACCUAUGCGCUUACAGAACAGGUUAUUUGUGAGCUGGCGAUCACCAACAGGAAUGGAUUGUAAACUCGUUGGCCCGGAGACACUGUGUUUUUGUACACAUAGGUAUAAGCAACAUAAAACUGACUUUGAAACAAUUCCACAGCAGCGCCCUAUUGAUCUGCCUUGCCAAGUGAUUGGCUGCCAGUGCAGGGCUUACCUUUUCGUGCCUUUGAAUGGCACGCAGCCUGUUCGCUGCAGAUGCAAGCACUUUGCUGAUCAACACAGCCCUGCACCUGGUUUUAUGUGUGGCACAUGUUCCAAGUGUUCAGGAUUCCAUAGCUCUUUCACGUGUGCUUGUGGUCAGCCUGCAUAUGCCCAUGACACAGUCGUGGAAACAAAGCAAGAAAGAAUGGCUCAGGGAAAACCAGUGGGACGGGAUGUUCCUUAUGCAGCAAUGGGAGGAUUAACUGGUUUCAGCUCACUGGCAGAAGGCUACAUGCGAUUAGAUGACAGUGGGAUCGGUGCACCUUCAGUUGAAUUUUUAAAUUCUCCAGUUACUGCCAUGGACCACGCGUUUCUAAAAGCAUUGCAAGGACCAUCUACUUCUUCUCCAGAAACACUAACAAAUGUAGGUACAAGUAGUCAAGAUUCUUCCUUAAGGAGACCUGAUGAGGAUGACAUGGCUUUCUUUGAAAGGCGAUAUCAGGAAAGGGUAAAAAUGGAAAAGGCAGCUAAGAUGAAAGGACAAUCUCCGUUGCCAUCAACUACAAAACCUUCGUGAAGGCUGUUGGACAGCUUAAAACCAUCAUGCAAAUAUGUCUUUCUGCUCAUUUAAAUGUAAUAAUAGAGUUUAUCUUCUCUCAAAUUAUUUACUUUUUAAUUGUGUAAAUAUGUCUUUUUGGAUGUUUUGUUCAUUUAUUGAAAGGAGAAAUUGUCUUAUAUUAUUUUGAUUGAAAUAAUGAUUUACUACUUUGUAUAUACUUUUUCUCUCGGGUAGAGAAGUUAGGAUAUUCUCAUAGAAGUCAAACUCUGAAAAUACAGUAAAUAUAUUUAGUCUAUUAUAAUUUAACUUUUCUAGCCUAUUUAACAAAUUAAAGAUAUAAUCAAUGUUUUUUAACAAACGUGUCACUUUCUCAUUUAAAAUUGUAAGUUAAAAUCAUUAAUUUUUUCUUUUACAAGUUUUGGAAGGUCAAUUUAUGUUUUUAAAUUUAAAAAACUGCAUUUUAUAAUUAUGGAAUAAUUUUCUAGAGUUAUCCACUGAUUUUUUUACACUGGUAACUAACUAUCUGCUGUAUAAAGAAAGAGGAAGCAAGAGCACAAAGUACACAGAGGGCUGAUUCUGUAGAUGGCAAGAUCACUGAGGGUCCAACUGCAUGUUCUGGGGCCAGGCCAGAAAGUCACACCAGACAGGAGAGAACCAAGAAGCAGAGUCUAUGUAUGCCAUUGACACUUUGGGUUCCUGACAACUAAAAGGAGACUUGGGAAAUUGUAGUGGCACCCCCUUUCUCCACAGAAAAUCUUAACUGCGUUUUUCCAGAAAUCUUCACCAUGGCUGAUUUUAGGACUGUCAAUAAAAUAGUUCAAUGAGAUAAACUUCCUAUUUUCCUGUUGCCCUAAUUUACUUGGCCCAUAGCCUGGAAGAAAUCUACACUCCAGGUACUGUACACCCCCUUACUAGUUUUUCACAAACAUGUAUCCAGUAUAGUAGUUUGCCGAAAUGUGUAAACAAGGCCUCUGGCCUUGAGCUGGGGCUCAGAGAUGUCUACAUUUCUGAGAUAAGAGAAGUUACCAACUGGCUGGCAGGGGGAGGGAAGAAGGGGAGAAGAAGCU